AUGAAAGCUUUCAUAAAAGCUAGUUCUACAUCAUUUUGGAAUUUCAGUUUGGAUUUAGAAUCCAGAUUAAACAUUUACAUUAAACUGGCGCAAUACGAUUUCUCUUAAAUGAUCUUAAACUCAGAAGUAACGGUCAAAAACCCCGCCAAGGCAUGAAUUCCAAAUUUCAUGGGAAAUCAUCUUCGUCUAGCAACACUCUUAUUGCAAAAUCUAUACAAACCAAUACCCAUCUGUUCCUUCUCUACAUCUACCCUACAAAAGCAAACAAAAACACCCACCAACCAGAAAACAAAAACCUUCUCUCACAUUUUCCAAGAAUGCGCCGUUCACCGAGCGCAAAACCCUGGAAAACAAGCUCAUGCCCGCAUGAUUGUAUCUGGGUUCCAGCCCACAAUCUUUGUCACCAACUGUUUGAUCCAAACGUACAUAAGAUGUUCUGAUUUGGGCUUCGCUUAUCAGGUGUUUGAUAAGAUGCCGGAAAGAGAUGUUGUUUCGUGGAAUGCGUUGAUUUUUGGGUAUGCUGCGUGUGGUGAAAUGGGGGUUGCGAAGUCAUUGUUUGAGGCAAUGCCUGAAAGAGAUGUAGUUUCAUGGAAUUCAUUGAUUUCAGGGUAUCUGCAGACGGGGGAAUGUCUGAAGGUGAUUCAGGUGUUUAUGAAGAUGGGAAGGUUGGAUGUAGUAUAUGAUAGGAGGAGUUUUGCUGUUGUUUUGAAAGCGUGUUCGAUUUUGGAGGACGGUAAUGUAGGGGUUCAGGUUCAUAGCAUUGCAAUGAAAAUUGGUUUUCAUAAGGAUGUGGUUACGGGCAGUGCUUUGGUAGACAUGUAUGCAAAGUGUAGGAAUUUGGAUGAGGCGCUUUUGCUAUUUAGAGAAAUUUCUCAGAAGAAUUGGGUUUCUUGGAGUGCUGUGAUUGCAGGUUGUGUUCAAAAUGAAGCCUUUGUUAAGGGUUUGGAAUUGUUCAAGGCAAUGCUAAAGGAAGGAAUUGGGGUUAGUCAGUCCAUUUAUGCUAGUCUCUUCAGGUUGUGUGCAGGAUUAUCUGCAUUUAGAUUAGGUACUCAGUUGCAUGCCCAUGCUUUAAAAAACGAUUUGUCUUUGGAUGCAAUCGUUGGAACUGCCACUUUGGAUAUGUAUGCAAAAUGUAACAAUAUACAAGAUGCUCGAAAGUUGUUUAACUCAUUGCCCAAUUAUAAUUUGCAAUCUUACAAUGCCAUUAUUGUUGGUUACACACGAAAAAGACAAGGCUGUGAAGCUUUGCAGUUAUUUUCACUUUUGCAGAGAUCUGGUCUUGGUUUCAACGAAAUAAGUUUAUCAGGAGCAUUUAGUGCAUGUGCAGUUAUUAAAGGCCAUGUGGAAGGGCUUCAAGUACAUGGGCUAGCAAUUAAGAGUACUCUUACAUCAAAUAUUUGUGUAGCAAAUGCCAUUCUAGACAUGUAUGGCAAAUGUGGAGCUCUGGCUGAAGCUUGUCUUGUCUUUGAUGAAAUGCAAAGAAGGGAUGCUGUAUCUUGGAAUGCAAUAAUUGCCGCUCAUGAACAGAAUGGGAAAGAAGAGGAAACACUAUCCUAUUUUGUUUUAAUGCUCCAUGCAAGGAUGGAACCUGAUGAGUUCACUUAUGGCAGUGUCUUAAAAGCUUGUGCAGGUCAGCAAGCUUUAAAUUAUGGUAUGGAGAUCCACAAUAGAGUUAUCAAAUCAGGAAUGGGGUUGAACUGGUUUGUUGGAAGCACACUUGUUGAUAUGUACUGCAAGUGUGGAAUGAUGGAGGAAGCAGAGAAGAUCCAUGACAGAACACAAGAACAAGCUAUGGUUUCAUGGAAUGCAAUAAUCUCUGGGUUCUCAGGGCAAAAACAAAGUGAGAAUGCUCAAAAAUAUUUUUCUAGGAUGAUGGAAAUGGGUGUAAAGCCAGACAACUUCACUUAUGCAACAGUUCUUGAUACUUGUGCAAAUUUAGCUACUGUUGGACUUGGUAAGCAAAUACAUGCACAAAUUAUUAAACAAGAAUUACAAUCAGAUGUUUAUAUAUCCAGCACUCUUGUUGAUAUGUACUCAAAGUGUGGAAACAUGCAAGAGUCACGGAUAAUAUUUGAGAAAGCAUCAAAGCGGGACUUUGUAACAUGGAAUGCCAUGAUUUGUGGCUAUGCUCAGCAUGGCUAUGGAGAUGAUGCCCUUAAGGUUUUUGAGAAAAUGGAACAUGAGAAUGUGAAGCCAAAUCAUGCAACUUUUGUCUCAGUUCUCCGAGCUUGUGCUCACAUGGGACUUGUUGAAAAAGGGCUGCACUACUUCAAUAUAAUGCUGAGUGACUAUGGUUUAGAUCCUCAGUUGGAGCAUUAUUCAUGCAUGGUGGAUAUACUAGGAAGGUCAGGCCAGGUUAAUGAGGCUUUGAAACUUAUUCAAGAGAUGCCCUUUGAAGCCGAUGAUGUUAUAUGGAGAACUCUGCUUAGCAUUUGCAACAUCCAUGCGAAUAUAGAUGUGGCAGAAAAGGCAGCCAAUUCUCUUUUGCAAAUGGACCCACAAGACUCCUCUGCUUGUAUUCUUCUAUCAAAUAUUUACGCUAAUGCUGGAAUGUGGGACAAAGUUUCAUGUAUGAGGAAGAUGAUGAGGCAGAAUAAGCUGAAAAAAGAGCCAGGUUGCAGCUGGAUUGAGGUAAAAGACGAGGUACAUACAUUUCUUGUUGGGGACAAAGCUCAUCCGAAAUGUAAAGAAAUUUAUGAGAAGCUUGGUAUACUAAUUGGCGAAAUGAAGUGGGCUGGAUAUGUGCCUGAUUCAGAUUUUUUACUCAAUGAGGAGGCAGAAGAACAUGAGCAGCAAGACGAGUCCAGAACCUGGAUGUGCAAUCCAUAGUUUUAAAACAAAUGUUUAGUACUCCUAAAUCGCACUCAGGAAAACGAGAAAAAAUUAAAGCUUGGCAACAAUUUUGUAUCUUAUAUUUACAGUCCCUCCAGUCUGGCGGGGGUAGUAAAGAGGGUGUAGUGACUAAUUAGGGCUCUCAACUAUGCUAAUCAAAUCAAUCAGUGAGCAAACACAAUCUUAUCAAGCAAUAA